CCUUAAAAUUAAGCAGGAAAUUACGUUUCUUGAUAUAGUUUUAGGUGAAGUGCUCUGCUAGUUACCACUUGAAAUGUAAUGUCAGCCCAUUUUGAUUUUGUAAUUUAUCCAAUUUAUCCAAAAAUGCAAUGAACAAAGAAAAGAAAAAAAAACUGUGCCCUCACUGACUCACUUGGCCACACCCACUUUCCCACUCCCAUCCAAUCAAUAUCCUCCUAAGGCUUCCACUUAGCAUUUUAAUCGCUAGUGAUUCCAUAUCCCGGCAACGGGCAUCAACAUAUCAGAGUGGGGUUGUAAAUCAGCCAGCUUGUGUUUGGUGAGCGUCAGUCGCUGCUGAUCACCAUGUGCUUCUAGUGAUUAACACUGUUUAGCACACACAUAGUUGGCAAAGGGAGGACACCAUCAGAUAAAGCAUAAUUAAUACGGGACAGGCAGGGGGGUGGGCAUAGGGGGCUUUGUGGUUGCGGUGGAGCAUGCUGGAGCUGGAUUCUGUCAUCACCACUGACAGACAAUGGAAGCAGCUGUAAUUCAAAGCUGAGAUUUUUUCUUUUUUAUUCCUUUUGGACUGUUUUGGGCCUGCUGGAUUAGUGCUAGAAGAUAUACAGAUAGAUUUCUCACACAGCGGUGUAGAGCUGGACACAUGGUGUGUGUGUGUAUGUUUGAGACAUCUUCAUUGAGGGUGUGAGAGACAUCACAAAGGGUGUUACUAUGCAUGCUGGAAGGAUUUACAGCCGCCACUGAGGCCCUGUCAUACGUCGAUCUACGGGACGUUUGGCAUAGUUACUGUCACUCAAACACCUCUGAGUCAGGUGUGAUGGUGCACCCACGUGGAUCUCAGCUGUUUUAUGCAGGCUAGCAGAGAUGCUAAAUCCCUAAACUUGCGCUGAAAAUGUUGAAGCUCAAGACUUUCUGUUUGGAUUACUGGCAGUUUCUUUGCCUGCAGCCUCUCAAUGGCUUCUAUAAAAGUGUGGAAGGUGAGGCUCCGGGUGUUGAGGCGAGCCCCUCUCUAGAGAACAGUGGAGGUUACUUACGAGGGCCGGUGAGCCGCAGUGCCAUCAUCAGUGGCGAGCACUUCGACGGCCCACCACUGUAUGCUCACGAGGUACGGCAGCGCCCACGGCGACCCAAACUCCAGCAUUCCCAGUCGAUCCUUCGCAAACAGGCAGAAGAGGAGGCCAUCAAACGCUCACGAUCACUGUCUGAGAGCUAUGAGCUCUCAACCGACCUCCAAGACAAACAGGUGGAGAUGCUGGAGCGCAAAUAUGGAGGGCGUUUUAUAACCCGACAUGCUGCGCGAACAAUCCAGACUGCCUUCCGCCAAUAUCAGAUGAACAAGAACUUUGAGCGCCUCAGGAGUUCUAUGUCGGAGAACCGCAUGUCCAGACGCAUAGUUUUGUCCAAUAUGAGAAUGCAGUUUUCGUUUGAAGGACCUGAAAAAGUCCACAGUUCAUAUUUUGAGGGGAAGCAGUUGUCUCUUACAGACGAUGGCUCUAAACUAGGAGCCUUGGUGCAAUCGGAGCGGGGGGAGAUGGUCCCCACCAACAUGAAGUCACCUGCGGUCCAGAGUGAUUUCACGGACGCCAUUACAGAGCUGGAGGAUGUUUUCUCUCGACAAGUGAAAUCAUUAGCAGAGUCGAUAGAUGAUGCUCUGAACUGUCGCAGCCUACAUGGAGACGAAGGACAGCCAGAGCCAACCAGAGGACAUCCAGACAGGGAGCAAGAGGUUACCUACAAGAUCAAGCCUUCCCACAGUAGUGACCACCGUAAGCGAGACGAGAUGACAGCCUCCUAUAGCGAUGUGACACUUUAUAUAGAUGAGGAAGAGCUCUCCCCUCCUCUUCCUUUAUCACAAGCAGUUGACAGACACUCUAGCACGGAGUCAGACCUCCGUCUACGUUCUUUGAACUCCUCGCAGGAUUACUGGUCUCUAGCUCACAAGGACGAAAAGGCCGACACAGACACUAGCUGCCGAAGCACCCCGUCUCUGGAGUGUCAAGAGCAGAGAUUGAGGAUAGACCACCUUCCCUUGCUCACCAUCGAACCUCCCAGCGAUAGCUCGGUUGAACUGAGCGACCGUUCUGACCGAAGCUCUCUCAAGAGGCAGAACGCUUACGAUCGGGGCAUCGCCAGCAAGCAGGGCAGCCCGAAACACAUCCCCUCUCAUGCGCUACCACCACGGGGACCGGUAAGAGAUGACGAUGCUCCUCGGCAUCGGCCACGGCAGCUGGAGAGCCACCUGGCAAUCAAUGGCACUGCCAACCGGCAGAGCAAAUCUGAGUCAGACUUCUCUGACGGUGAUAAUGACAGCAUCAACAGCACUUCCAAUUCCAAUGAUACCAUCAACUGCAGUUCGGAAUCUUCAUCCAGGGAUAGUCUUCGAGAGCAGACUCUCAGCAAGCAGACAUAUCAUAAAGAGACCCGCAACAGUUGGGACUCACCCGCGUUUAGCAACGAUAUUAUCCGCAAGAGGCACUAUCGUAUCGGCCUGAACCUUUUUAACAAGAAACCUGAAAAAGGCACCCAAUACCUGAUUGAGCGAGGAUUUGUCCCAGACACACCUGUGGGAGUUGCCCAUUUCCUGUUACAGAGAAAAGGGCUGAGUCGACAGAUGAUUGGCGAGUUCCUGGGCAACAGGCAGAAACAGUUCAACAGAGAUGUUCUUGACUGUGUGGUAGAUGAGAUGGAUUUCUCUGGAAUGGAGCUGGAUGAAGCCUUAAGAAAAUUCCAGGCACAUAUCCGGGUGCAGGGAGAGGCACAGAAGGUGGAGCGACUCAUUGAAGCCUUCAGUCAGCGCUACUGCAUCUGCAACCCGGGGGUGGUGCGUCAAUUUAGGAACCCUGAUACCAUCUUCAUCCUGGCGUUUGCCAUUAUACUCCUCAACACGGACAUGUACAGCCCAAACGUGAAGCCAGAGAGGAAGAUGAAGCUGGAGGACUUUGUAAAGAACCUUCGUGGGGUGGACGACGGAGAGGAUAUCCCAAGAGAGAUGUUGGUAGGCAUCUACGAGCGAAUACGGAAGCGAGAGCUUAAAACUAACGAAGACCACGUCUCCCAGGUGCAGAAGGUGGAGAAGCUCAUAGUUGGCAAGAAGCCGAUCGGAUCUCUGCACCAUGGCCUUGGAUGUGUGCUGUCUCUGCCGCAUCGCAGACUGGUGUGUUACUGCAGGCUGUUCGAAGUGCCGGACCCCAACAAACCUCAGAAGCUGGGACUUCACCAGAGAGAGAUAUUCCUGUUCAAUGACCUUUUAGUGGUCACUAAGAUUUUCCAGAAGAAGAAGAAUUCGGUGACGUACAGCUUCAGGCAGUCCUUUUCUCUAUAUGGGAUGCAGGUGCUUCUGUUUGAAAACCAGUAUUACCCCAAUGGAGUGCGUCUCACUUCAGCUCUUCCAGGCGCGGACAUCAAGGUUCUCAUUAACUUCAACGCCCCCAACCCGCAAGACCGCAAGAAGUUCACCGAUGACCUGCGGGAGUCCAUCGCAGAGGUGCAGGAGAUGGAGAAGUACAGAAUAGAGUCUGAACUGGAGAAGCAGAAAGGUGUUGUCCGUCCCAGCAUUUCCCAGAGCUCAGGGCUGAAGAAAGAGACUGGAAAUGGCACUCUGAGUCGCACCAGUCUGGACGACAGUUACGCCAUGGGUGAAGGCCUCAAGAGAAGUGCCCUCAGCAGCUCUUUACGUGACCUUUCAGAUGCAGGCAAGCGGGGGCGCCGCAGCAGUGCAGGAUCUCUAGACAGCAAUAUGGAAGGGUCCAUCAUUAGCAGCCCCCACAUACGGCGUCGGGCCACUUCCAGCCGCGACUGCCCCUCCCGCCAGCAGUCCAUCCCAAACUCCUCUUCACUCCUGGGCUCCCUGUUCGGCACCAAGCGGGGAAAGUCGCCCUCUUUGCCUCCCCAGCCCUCCCACCCAACACUCAUCUCUCACACCCCUCACCCUACCAACCUGCACCACACAGCCCGUGACGGUGUCACAGUCACCGAGACCCAGGCCCAGAUGCACCCCCACCACGCUCAGUUUUGCCACUUGCAGAAUCCCCCUCCGUACCACCACCACCAUCACUACCACCCCCCAGCACACAUUCAACACCCGCCCCACCAAUACCACCCUCCUCCUGGCCCUUCGUCCUCUCACAGCCUCUCGCACGGUCCCCACAGCCACGUGCCACACCCCUCGCACCCCUCCCUCUCCCAGCAUGCACCUCACCACCACAGCCAGCCUCCGGCCCCUCCUCCGGUGGCCAGCAGCACCAAGCCCAAACACAGUGGCAUUAGCACUGUGGUUUGAGCCCCUCCACAAACUCUUUCCACUUGGCAAUGGGACCAUAUUUGGCGGGGUGACCAUUGGGCCUCUCUUUAGAUUGUAACGUGCAACGGAUUGUUGUUGCCUACCAGGACACGAACAAAAGGGCACCUUGUCACACGUUUCAACUCAUCCAGUACCCGUUUCUCCUGGAAAGGGGAGCCACACUGUGUAGCACCUGCCUUCUCAUUCGGGGUGGCUAGAACAAAAAUCAUCAGUUCUUUCCAGUCAUUGCUCAAGCUAUAGAGCCCCAGAUAAAGCUGCUUCUUUUAGGAUUUCCGAGACUUUCAACCCUCUCAACUUUGGCGGUGAAGCAAAAGCAUGCGCAAAAGACUGUGGCAAUUGUUUCCUUGUACUUAACUACCCAAAUGCAUUAUUAAAUUGCCUGCUUAUUAGUUUGCAGAAACUAAAGAACGGUUUGAAAGAAGGGUCUGUCGAAUCGGUCACAACGAGUGGAGUUCCAGUAUUUAAUGUAGCUGUAGACCACACAUUUCUGUGAUAUAGUUAGGGGACUAUAACGUGCCAAUUAUUAAGCAGUGACUAAGUUAUUCCAAAAAAAAAAGAAAGAAAAAAGAUUUGCUUUGUGUAUGUCAUGCAUAUAGAAUUUUGUAAAAUAAUAAUAAUAAUAUUACCAGCUAUUAUUAUUAUUGUUAUAAGACAAAAAUGAUCCGAAGCCUCAGAUAAAGUCUCAGUGUAUUCUUGACAUAGGAGUUAGUAGUUUUCACUGAUACUGAUAAAAAUGGAAAUUGUUGAUUGCCUUGAAGUUGGAAGAUUCUCCUGGAAUCUCCGGCUUGCGUUUCGCUCCACCUCCUUUGGGAUCUACGUAGCGCAAACCAAUCACAGGGACUGUGGGAAGGGAAAGGGGGAGGGCGGAACAGGUGAGCUCACCGAUGGAUCCUCCACGACCUCGAUUCGUCGGUCCCGGCCACCGCUGCAACAUGGUUUUAUUUUUUUAACUAUUUUUUUAGAGAUGAAUAAAUCAAUAUGAAAAUAAAUGUUUAUGGUAAAGCCGGCGUGAUGGAGAAGGCUAUUUUGACGUCUGACAUUAGAGGUAGUGUUUGUGUUGGAGGGAAGCAGGCUGCACUUCAAAGCUGAUCGAGUCCUCUCCCCAUAUUUCAAGAGUUAGUUUGUGCAGAGAUGUUGAUUUUUCUCAGCAGGCUGAGCGUGUGCCCUCUUCUGUGUGGAAAUGAAGUAGAUUUGAUACAUAUUCUUCUGUCCUCCUGUGAGAAUGCCUUUCACUUGCUCAGAAACACAGCUAAUGUAAUGUAAUCUAAUGUAAUGUAAACUGCAUAUAAUAUGUAGGUGUGGGUCAGAUGGAUGUGUUCUCACUCGGAAUGGAUUUGGACAUGUUUUUUCACACAUAUCCCCUUUCUCGGUUCAGUUUUUGACUUGUUUUAUACUGUAAGUAGAUAAAUGGUGACGGAGCUGUGAUUUGUGUAAUAGUUUUGUGUGUCAACGCUCUUUUAACUCAAGCACAGAGCUUCUGAACAGCACUUGUCUUUGUAAAUAAUCACUUAAUGUACAGAAACCACGGCUGAAAUGAGCUCGCUCUCUUAUACAAGACCCGUGUCAGCAGUUACAACAUUUGCUGUGCGUUGUUUCUUUUUUUUCUUUUUUUCUUUUUAUUAAUCAUGUGCAAUAUGUAUGUUUUGGUUUUGUAAAUUCAAAAUUUUAACCAGUUGAUACCUUGGUUGGUUUGUCUAUUGUUUUUGUCAUAUUUCUAAUAUCACACAUCAAACCCCAUAUUGUUUCUCGCCCCCACUGACAUCUUGUUCUCCUUGGUCUCUGUUUUACCUGCAACCUACAGUCAGGAAUGUCGACUAAAGUACUCUUGCAUGUAUAUUGUACAAAAUAUUCUCUAGAUAUUGCAUAUUUCCAGAGAUAUUAUUAGUGUUACAGUUGACCAUUGUUAAACGAGUGAUGAUGAACAUAUUAAAAAUCUCUAGACUUCUCUUCAUGCAAAACGUCUUUAUCCUGUUUCGUAACUAAAUAGAUUCACUUAGGAGACAUCUGUUUAUUGUUUCUCUGGGCCUGAAAAAUCAAACACUGAUCAUUUAUAAAGAAAAAUAUUAGCCUGUAGCCAAAUCGUAAUGAAGUGCAACUGGGGCACAUCCGUAACACAAUAAUAAUACAAAUAGAAGCUUACGGAUAAUACGGCAUAAAUCCGUGUCUAUGCCAUUAUCAGACUUCAUAAAUAAUCAGACUGGGACAGACAAUCUCUAUCUACAAGUACAUUCAUCUGAAGCCAUUUCUGACUAAAUAACCCACCAUAAAAUCUAAGAGCUAUCAACAAAAUAUCUCUUUUUGUUUUUUUUAAAGGUUUUUCACCUUUGUGUUGAAUGUUUUUCAUGGAUUUCAGUGCAGUGUAUUGUAAAAGAAUUGUGGUCCUUCAUCUUUGCCAAAACGUCACAAAGCUUUGCAUGCAGCUGAUGCCUAACACCUCUGGUUGAAAUGUGAGCUCAUUUAAAGAUGAAGAAAUGUCCUUUCUUUUUAUUAUGUUUUUUUUUUUUCUCACCUUUUAUUUUUGUUGUUCGAUUGGUUGGUUUUAUUGUUUUGUUUUGCUUUUUUAAGUGAUGUUGGCUUGCUGUUACAUUUUAUGCUGUAUCAUUUGUUAACCCCCUAAAAAGCUCUCUAAAAAGUAAUGCUGCCAAAUAGAUAAAUCGCGAUUAAUCGCAUCCAAAAUAAAUGUUUAUGUUUACAUAAUAGAUAUGUGCACUGUGUAUAUUUAAAUGUGUAUAUAUAAGUACACAACUAUACAUGUAUAUAUUUAAGUAAUAUUUACGUUUACAUAUUUACAUUGUGUAUGUGUGUGUGUAUGUAUAUAUAUAUGUAUGUGUAUUUAUGUAUACAUAUAAAUAUACACAGUGCACAUAUAUUAUGUAAACAAACUUUUAUUUGGGAUGCGAUUAAUCUAGAUUAAUCAGUUUGACGGCAAAGCCUGUGUCUCUGUAUAUAUCACAAACCACUGUGAGAAAAUUAUAAAAAAAAGUAUAUCAUAUAUAAAUCUAAUAUGGAUGAUAAAGGGAAAGUGAAUCGGUAGGUAGUCUGUAUUAUACCUUUUUGUUUUUCGCUCAGCCAUCGCUUUGACUUGUCCUUUUCCACCUUAAAGAGACUUAUACUUACAUGACACUGCUUCUGCUACCAAAUGUACUUCUUGACUCUGUCAUAGGAUCUUCUUUAAUAAGCUGACUGUUACAUAACUCUCAUCGCCUUUAAUGUGCGUCCACUCAUACAUUUCAUUUUUUUAAAUGACCAAACAAGGAGAGGAUGGUUUUAAUAUGCAUUUUGUUUCUAAGUAGAUGAUGAGACCCUAUUGAUGUUUAACUAUAACUGUGAUCAUGUUGAGAACAUGAAAUAAAACAAUAUACCGAAAAUUC